AUGACUACUAGGUACCGCUAUGCUCCAGCGCAUGGGGUUACAGUGGAGAUUCUUUUCUGCCAAAAUUUUAGUGCCGCCAUUGAACAUUGGAACACCAGCCAACCCUGGAACUUCUUCCCGAUUAUCUGUGACACUUUCAUUACCUUGCUACUGACUUACACUAACAUCAAUCCUUGCUUAUCUGGGUUUUCUUAUGCUUAUCCCUAUUUGAGUCGGACGAAUAUCAACCAAGAACUCUUGGGUGCUGAUCCAAAAAAAGAAGAAACAAGCCGAGAACCAAAGGCCUUUGCGAAAAUGCAGAACCAUGGGAGGCUUGGAGAGUUGGUUUUAGGAUUCGGGAACUUGGGUUCUCAGGUGGAUCACAAAGGCAACCAACCAUUUUCUUGCUCUCUGAAGCCUCACCUAAAGAGUACAAAGCUAUGGGGCAAGCUUAAUUUUGAAAUUGAUGAUGAUGUAUAUCCCAUACGCAAACAUUUUCACACUACUAGCAAGGAUAAAAGUGAAGGGAAUUUCAGACUGUCCACGAGGAAGAAGUUUAAUAACAAUAACCUCCGAGUAGAGGAGGGAGUCCGAAACGGUUGA